AUGGAAUAUGAUGAACAAGUCUCAGCGCGGCUGGACAUGAGCCUGGAUGAGAUAAUCGGGCAAGAACAGCAGGAUGGCUCAAGCCACUUAAAGAAGCGCAAAGCCAAGAGCGGUCCCUCAGGCUCUUCGUCUCUACCACCACCCACGACACAAGCAUCGCUGUAUCGAGCGCCACCAGCUAUUCAGACUGAAUAUGCAGUCAGAUCAGCAGCUUCCUUUGCCCCAGCCGCUGGAGCCGCUAACAGCGUCUCUGGGCCUGCACCCGCUGGGCGCCCGUUCCCUGUAGUGGUACGGGGGCCGCCAGGCAGACUGCCCCCCCCUCCCCCAUACGCUGUGGGCCGCCCUCCUUUUCCCGUACCUCUUGGCCAUCCCAGAACGGACGCAAGGUGGCCAAGACCGCGGCACUUGGGAGGAGGAUACUUAGUGGCGCCGAACGGUGUGCGCCCCCCGCCUCCACCAUUGGCAGUGGCCCCUAGUGGACGUCCUUCACUGCCUGUGUGGAAGCGCUCCCGCCACGCCGAUGAGGUUGAGGGACAAAACGGCCACCACUCCCCACAUGUUCCCAUGAGUUUCUCGGUAGGUCUUCCGGCAUUCGGGUCUUUGCGAAGUCCGCAGCUGCUGAACGAUCCAAGCGGUCCCGUGCCAAAGCCAUUGCCCUACGGAUACGGUACCAGGUGUCCCCCUACUGAGUACUACGAGUCAGCAUAUCGGAGAGAUGCAGCAGGGGAACAUGGGCAAGGGUACGCCGCCUCCCAAGAAGAGCUGGUGGCGGCGCCGGCUCGCCACGGGCAUUCAGAUGACCCCGAAGUCGUCUGGAGCAGGCAGACAACUCCAGAUCAGUCAUCCGCAACCCCGGGACUGCGCGGCCUGCCAAUUCGAGAAGCGACCGCCCCAACAGGCGGUCCCAGCGCGUGCUUGCCUCAGAGGAGGGAGUUCACGGUGAUCGUUUCGAACGUGAGCUCCAGUGUUCAUAGUGGCGUCGGUCUUCAUUCGGACGGCUUUGUGAAUCAGGUUCCAAAGGAUCUUCCAGCGGUCGAAAUUCAGGAAGCAUUCAGCUGUAUGGGAACUGUUCUGCGCACUGAUAUCAUGCUUAACAGCAAGGUAGGUCUAUUCAGCUGCCAAGAUACCAGUUGUUACUCCCAAACGGGCUGUAGUGGACAGGAGGGAUUUGGGUAG